AUGAAUCAGUUCACGACCGAUGAGUAUGUGUUGGCAUACCACGGUCCGUUGUUAUACGAAGCCCGCAUCCUUUUGGCCGAAAAUUGGAAUGAGAGUAAUACUCUUUUAGGUACUGUCGGUCCUCAUUAUUUUAUCCAUUACAAGGGAUGGAAGCAAACAUGGGACGAAUGGGUACCUGAACAACGUUUAUUGAAAUUGAACGACGCAGGCUUAGCGAAACGUCGUCAAUUGUUAGAGCAACAAACUAAGAAGAACCGACCCGCCACUGCAUCAACUUCUACACCCACUACUGGUAAAGGCAAAGAAAAGGGUUCUGUGAAGAAAGAAACCGGGAAGAAACGUGCACGGGAUUCUAUGGAAGCGGAUUAUCUCAAACGACCAGAAGUGAAGAUCGUCAUACCUGACCUUCUCAAACUUCAGCUAGUAGAUGAUUGGGAAAACGUGACCAAACAUAAUCAGCUGGUGUCUUUACCCAGACAACCGAAUGUGAGGGAGUUGCUAGACGAAUAUCGACAAUAUGUUUUGGCUACGAAAAAGUCGCAGGAUAGAUCUCCCCGCGCAACGGCUUUACUCUCUGAGAUCAUCUCAGGAAUCACCCUCUAUUUCGAUAAAGCCUUAGGAAAUAAUCUUUUAUAUCGUUUUGAACGUGCACAAUAUGUCGAGCAAAAAAGGGCUAAUCCUGAUAAACCGAUGAGUGAAAUAUACGGUGCUGAGCAUUUACUUCGUUUGUUUGUGAACUUUGGUCCAUUUAUCGCUUAUACAAAUAUCGAUCCUGAAUCUCUUAAUAUACUUCGAGAAUAUAUCAACGAUAUAAUGAAGUGGAUGAUCAAAGAACAAAAACGUCUCUUUGUGAAAGAAUACGAAACUACCACUAUGCAAUAUCAAAACUUGUCUAGAACAUGA